AUGAAUGCAACGAGGCCUGGACUCGUCCACGCCGCCGGCCAGGACCUCAACAGCAUGACGGUGGCGCAGCGCUACGCGCUCAUGAAGGCCAACGUCGACGGCCUAAAGCCGCUCCAGGUCGGCAUCGCCGUCUGCGACCACGAAGGCCAGCAGGUCGCCUGGGAGUUCAACCUCUGCGACUUCUGCCGCCUCGCCGACCCGCACGACCAAAAGGCCCUCGACUACCUUGCCGACCGCGGCGUCGACCUCGACAUGCUCGGCGCGCUGCUCAUGGGCUCCAGCCUCAUUGGCGCCGGACAUGGGCGGCCGCUGUCGUGGAUCACCUACGCCGGUGCCUACUACGCAGCAUACCUGCUCAAGAUUUAUUACCUCGGCCAGCAGGUCUACGACGUUGCCACGAUGGCGGCCGGCUGCCCGGGCAUGCCGGUGGGGCUGGACUGCAUCGCCGCUAGCCUGCGCAUCCAUCCGCCGUGGGGGAGCCCUCGUCUCGCAGGCGCCGCUGGCGUGCGCGCGCUUCUGGCCUUCAGGAUUUGGAAGCACGGGGAGUUCGGCGGCAACGUGGAGAGGUUCCGAGGUCUGCUUCAGGGCCUGCAGUAG